AUGAUAGUUGAGAAUGUUAAAAAAAGCAAAUUCUCUUUCUCUCGAAAGAGUGAAUCUGAAGAAACAUGCAAACUGGAAUAGUUCAAGAAUAAACUGUAAGGAGACGUGCUGUAAUUUCUCAAGAAUACUAAACAAGAUGAUUAAUCAUUACAAAUGUUUUUGUAGAGACUAGGAAUCAUUUUGGAAGGGGAUGAAGAGACCUAUAUUUUGGAUAUUAAAGAAUAUCACAACAAAUAUAUAGAAGGAGAUGUUUUGGGUGAAGGUUGUAUAGGAUUAGUGAAGAGUGUGAAAAGAAGGAGUGAUGGUUUCGAAUUGGCUUGCAAAACAGUGAAGACUGACUCGGAGGAGAUCGUCAAGAAAAUGAUUAUGGAGUUUAAAAACCUAAGGAGAUUGAAUCACCCUCACAUCGUGUCGAUGAAAGAGAUUUAUAUUUAAUGGUUUGAAGGAUUCCAAUCGACUGGAAUGGUGUGCGUAAUCAUGGAGAAAAUUGAGGGUCGAGAGAUGUUUGAGGUUAUUUAAUAAUAAAAACAAUAUAGUGGUAUUAUUUUAACUAAGAAAGAGACCAUUGCUCGAGUGCUAUUCAUAUAGAUUUUAGAAGCCAUCAAAUAUAUGCAUGAAAACUAUUGUUGCCAUCGAGAUUUGAAGCCGAACAACAUCUUAUGCGCUCAUGAUGGCAAAUCCAUAAAAAUUACCGAUUUUAAUUUUAAUGACAGAUACAAAGAAUUUGGAGACCUCAAUCAACAUGGCAAAAUCGAAAUGUGGACAUACACUGGCACUGUAGCAUUCUCAGCACCUGAGAUAUUUUCAGGAAAUCUUUAUAAUGAACAAGUUGAUUUAUGGAGUGCAGGUGUCAUAUUGUAUGUUAUGCUCAGUGGAGAAUUGCCCUUCAAUUAAGAAUAUCUUAACGAUCUAAUCGAAUAGAUUCGACAGUGUAAAUACGAAUUCACAGGAAUCAUCUGGGAUCAAAUAUCUGAAUCAGCCAAGGAUCUCAUUACCAACCUUUUAUAAUUGGAUCCUGAAAAAAGAUUCACUCCAGAAUAGGCUCUAAAUCACCCUUGGAUCACUCAUGAAUAAAGCAAUUCAGAUAUCCCAAGGUAUUAAUUAUAAAAAAAUAUGGCGCGAAUCUUGAGAGUCAAAAAUAUUAAUCAAGAAUCGAGAAUCAAAUAAAUUUGCUACCUUUUCGGAGCUGGAGAUAUUUGGAAGAGGCAUUCACUUGGCUAGGAUACUAAUUUAGAUCUAUAUGACAAUCUUAAAAAAUAUAGAUCUAUAGAUAUAUCUGAUAGUUGGAAAAAUGCUGAAAUCAAAGUAACUAAAGACACCAAUAAAAAGGGUGUCUAUACUAUAGAUUAUCCCUUUAGCGAUUCUGAUUGA